AUGGAUGACAAUGUCAGGUACACCAUCUAUGGUGUCCUAAUCGUGCUGGCGCACGUCAUCUGGUGGCUGUGGCGGCUCAACCGAACCCUGAAAGCUACCCCGGAUUCCCUGAAGAAGUUUGUCACGCCGUGGGAGCCGGAGAAGAUUCGAGAGGCCUACAAAAAUGUGCGAAGUGCGGAGGAGGCUUCUAGGCCGCAUCUGAGGUCCAAGAAAGGACGUCGAUACGUCAUUGUUGGUGGCUCGGGGACUGUGGGGAGCUGGAUUGUACAGCAUCUGCUCUGGCGUGGUGAGGAUCCUCAGGCCAUCCGGAUCCUCGACAUUGUUGCUCCUACACGGCCUGAAGCCACGGACCUCAACUUUAUCAAGACUGAUGUGGCGGACGACGAGUCAGUGGAGGCUGCCUACAAUGCAGCGUGGCCCGAGAGAGUGCGGAAUCAGCCGCUGACGGUCUUCCACUGCGCUGCCAAGAUAUACGUUGCCGAUGCUUCUCUUCGGUACCUCGACAAGUAUGUGCCUGUCAAUGUCGAUGGUGUCCGGUUCUCUAUGGAGGCAGCUAAGAAGACUGGAUGCGACUGCUUCAUUGCUACGUCGUCAAGCUCCGUGUCCUUGCUAUCCACAAACUGGUGGAGUAUUGCUGGUCCGACGAACUACAUUCAGUUGCGUCCCAACAGCGAGCCGUUACUAGAGUUGGACUCGGAUGAGUUUUCGAACUGCUACCAGUACACAAAGGUCCUUAUGGAGGAUCUUGUCAGCAAGGCGAAUGAGGAGGGGUUCAGAACUGGCAUCAUCCGGCCUGGGCAUGCUAUCUAUGGACACGGCACGAACAAUGACAACAGCGUGACCUGGAGGAAUCUCCGGAUGAAGGGCGGAAUCACGUGGCUCAAGCCCUGCGUGAUGAAUUUCGUGCACUGUAUCAACGUGUCUUUGGGGCAGCUGGCUUUGGAGGAUCGUCUACUCGUUGACCCGAAAGUGUCUGGGAAGGGCUAUGCCAUUACAGAGCGUCCGGAACUUUACCACAACUACUACCGGGUGCUCGAGACGCUGGGAGGGUGUACUUUCCCAGAUGUCCAGCCGCUAAUGAUGCUCAGCCUCGCGCAGAUGAUCGAGAUGUAUGAAUGGGUCCGGUCUUAUCUGCCGCUGCCGGCGAUCACCGGCGAUCUGCAUAAUCUACAACCUGGAAUGCUGAAGAUGUGCAUGCUUCAUGUGUUGUUUGACAGCAAGGCUGCUGCGAAAGAUUUGGGGUACCAGCCGGCUUUCGACACGCUUGAAGGGUUGUGCAUGACGGUCAAGGACUGGAACGAGAAGGAGAGUUCGAAGAAUGGGUCAAUUGAUUCGAAGUCGAAUCUGUUUUGA